GGGAUUCCGAGUGUUUAUGCUCCGGUCUGUUCGUUCUUGAUCUUCCUCACUUGGUUCGGAGUGCUGGAAUGUGAAUUUCGUGCUGAAUCGUGUGUUUUUGGGGUCGAAAAUUUCGAUCUUGUAUUCUCUCUUCGGUCAAUUAGAAUCGACCUUUCUGGUAUCCUCUCUCAUAAAAAAAAGAAAGGAACUCCUUUUGGCACUCUUUCCAUUUCAUCUCGUGUCGUCAUGCAAGAAGAAAAAAAACUCGUUUUGUGAAGUUAUCAAUAGGUUGUGGUAGAUGAACUUGUCUCUUUGUUAAUAUAAAACUUUGUCCGUUUCUUCUUUUAUUCGGGCCAGAAGCCAUUGUCUUUGGUUUAAGAAUGGAGUUUUGAGCAGUUUUUCAUGGCCCCAAGAGAAGGGGUUGUGGCUUGCCAUUUAGGUCUCAUCGGACCAGUGAGAUUUGCGAACAAAACCCUUUAUCAUCAGCAGCUCUGUAUCCUAGCAUGCUGUUGUUGGGAACUGGCCUACCCUCGCGAAGUCCCAAAAGUAACUGAGUAAGUCCUGGAAGUUUUUUAUUGCCCCAGAGGAAAGUGGCUGCUGUGAUCUUGCUUGACUGUGCCAUUUUCUGCUACUAAAUUUGUUUCUUAGUCUAAAAGUCACUACAAAGGACGUAAACUACUCUGCAGAAAUGGACCGCAGAGAUACUUCAGGUUUUGUUAGCGGAGGUUGCAAGGACUUCUUUGAAGAUUUGUAACCUUAGUUUUAAUCUUGGUUACUCAAUUGGUCUUGGAGGUCAGGCAACUGGUUCCUUUCUAUCAAGAUUUGACGAUAGGAAUUAUGGAUAGCAGGAUUGGGUCAUUGGGCUUGGUUCUGAGUGCUUCAUGUUUUGAUACAUUUGAUGAUUGGAGCAGUAAAGUGGGGGAUCGUGAUCACACUGACACCACUUUACGGCUUGAUUCCUCAAGCUCCCACAGUCUUUGCACUACCAAUUCCAAAGGAAUAAAGAGGAAAAGAGAAGAUAUCGAUGUAACUCGAGGUCUGGGCAAGUCUUUACCUGCCCUUGGACUAGGUGAUCCAUUGAGUUUCUCAUAUAGUAACAACAAGAGCUCCACAAUUGCUUGCACAGUUUUUUCAGAAAAACAAACAGUCGAGGAGUUAUUCAUGGAUUAUGGCUUAAAUGUUGAUCUUAAACUUGGUAAUGGGAAUACAACAAGCCCCGUAAAACCUGCUGCUGCUACUUUAGGAGCAUUGGAGACUGAAAAUAAGUUUGACCUUGAGUUGAGUUUGUCAGUGGGGCCAUCUGAAUCUGCUAUGACGAGCAUAGACCCAGUCUCAUCUCAUCAUCAGAAUAUAUUGGAUAAACCAAUAACAGUUUGUUUGGCAGCAACAGUUGACGAAGGAUCAACAUCAUCAAGUUGGAAAUGUGGAAAUAAUUUAUUGCCAUAUUUAGUUACUACGGAGAUUGGUAGCCGGUGUCUUUCCAGCCAAAUGAUUCAUGACAACCAUUGUCCAGUUAGGCUACCAGAUCUCUCAUCAACCAAGAUACAAAUGCAGAAAAGCCCUGUUGCCUCCUCUUCUAAGGUCGCUCAAUUAUGCACCACCAACAAAAAACUCUGCCAGUUUCCUGGAUGUGGUAAAGGAGCCCGUGGUGCUUCUGGAUUAUGCAUUGCUCAUGGAGGAGGUCGGAGGUGCCAAAAAUCAGGUUGUCAAAAGGGAGCUGAGGGCAGGACCAUCUUCUGCAAAUCCCAUGGAGGUGGCCGACGCUGCGAACAUCUUGGUUGCACCAAAAGUGCUGAAGGCCGCACCAGCUGUUGCAUUGCUCAUGGUGGUGGUCGUCGUUGCAGCCACGAGGGCUGCACUCGAGCUGCAAGGGGGAGAUCUGGUCUUUGUAUAAGGCAUGGUGGUGGCAAGAGGUGCCAGAAAGAGAAUUGUAAAAAAAGCGCAGAAGGUCAAUCUGGCCUCUGCAUCUCUCAUGGGGGUGGUCGCCGGUGCAAAUUUCCUCAAUGUACAAAGGGUGCACAGGGCAGCACAAAUUUGUGCAAGGCUCAUGGUGGGGGCAAAAGGUGCACACACUUGGGUUGUACAAAGGGGGCUGAAGGGAGCACACUCUUCUGCAAGGGGCAUGGUGGAGGAAAGCGCUGUGCAUUCUUGGGUGGUUGCUCAAAGAGUGUGCAUGGCGGUACACUGUUCUGUGUUGCUCAUGGUGGGGGAAAGAGAUGUGCUAUACACGAGUGCACUAGAAGCGCGAGAGGCCGGACAGAUUUCUGCGUUCGACAUGGAGGGGGGAAGAGAUGCAAGUCGGAGGGUUGUGGAAAGGCUGCUCAGGGGAGCACUGAUUUCUGCAAGGCACAUGGCAGAAGGAAGCGUUGCACAUGGGGCCGGCCUGGGUCAAAUUUAGGUGCUGGUGAUAGCCCAUGUGACCGCUUGGUUGGGACAAAGAUUGGCCUCUGCAUCGAACACACUGCCCUUGUGGAAGACCAUUGUGUUCAUGGUGGGAAUACAAUGGAAGCAGUCACUUCCCAGAACCCAAUCUCAAGCAAGCCAGGGAAAAUAAAUGGUGAUUGUGAUGGGAAUUUGUCCCUGAAUGUGCAGAAUGAUCGGAACAUCGAUCUGUUUCCUCUUUCCGAAGGUAGGGUGCAUGGUGGAAAUAUUAUGGCAAUGAUAUCUGACUCUGGAAGCGAUUCUGAGGUUACUAAACUAGAGCAUGGGAUGUCUUGUACUGUGGCUCACAACUGGCUGUGAGGUUAAACCAGCUUGAUACCUCUUCCUUCGCUUUAUGGGUAUGGAAGAGAACUCUGAUCUCUGUAGUUAUGGUGUGGAUUCUUUGUGUAGCUUUUGCUCUGUUGGCGACAACUGUUUGUGGAACUGAAGAUAAUUUUCUUAUUGCACAGUUGCAUUGGGUUAAAUUUGACGUAAUUUAGCUGAUAUUCCCUUCUCACUAAUAGAUGAGUGUGAAAAGAUGUUGGGAAAAACACUUGGAUGAGUUGGACUUAUUAGAGUUAUGAUGCUUACAGUCCCUUUGCUAGCAACUGAGGUGAAAGAAUGUUGGAAGAACAUUAGGAAAAAUAGGCUUUAUGUAAAUUUGCUUGUCUUUUAUUUCAGAACAAUAAUUUAAAUAAUUAGUCACUUUGUACAUGUCAUUAAUGUGAAUAUUUCAUUCCUCUUAUGGAACAGUUUUGUUAA